CAGGUUCCCAGCACGUAAUUCUGCCACGCGGCACUGCAAUGGUCGGCCAAUAGCCUGGAGACUAGCAGAAUGCUGCGACGCGGGCUGAAGCAAUCCUUAUAAAUCGACUGAUGACAUCGCUGAUUGGUGACUUUAAAAAGGCGGGAGCAGCAGCGGGAGCGGCCAGUACUUUGGGGUCUUUGCUGCCACAAAAGGUGAGCCCCAAGAAGUUGUUGGCUUCCACCAUUGGCGCGGCGACCUUCCAGGCAGCCCUGCCACAGCUGGCCUUGCCGCGGGCACAGUCCGAUGGGCCGGCGGACUUGGAGCAGGAGAAGCUGUCCUUGCCACCUGUGAACAUGGGUAGCACUGGGACCUUUGUAUCAGACAGCGACCCCUCCUUAGCAAACACAUCUUCUGAGAAGGGCUUCAUGGCGGCUUCACAGCCCGCUCCAACGGCACAGUCGAAAUGGAAGAUGAUGGCGCAGGCGGCCAAGAAAGACAUGGCCUUCACGCAACCGGGCGAGGGCCAAGCGCGGCGGGCGAUGAAUUUGUUGAUGAAGGCGAAUGAUGAGAAAGCCAUUGAGGAGAACGUCGAAAAAUUCGCGCAGAAGUUGGUGGACACCUUCGGUUCCCUCAGUGCGGCCUUCAAGGAGCUGGAUCAGCACGACCGGGAGGAGAUCACGCGAUCCCAGUGGGACGCAGCCUUAAACGCGCGGGGAUGGAACACCGAGGAGAUGUGUGGCCUUCCUUCGGCCAAGAUUUUCUCGCUGGUGUGUCGGGCAUCCAAGAAACCUACGGGGGCGCUCACGUUACCGGCCUGGAAGUCCUUCUUCCAAAAGUAUCUGAAUCGCACCGCCGCGCACCUCCUUACGGAAGAACGGCCCAUCGAUGCAGGCGUCUCCGACAUGCUGCAGAAGUUCAAAGCACCGAACGCUGGUGGCGAAGGGGGCAAGCCCGCCUCCGAUACGACGAGCGCCGACGGCAUCUAUGGGCAGAGGCGUGGGGCCUUCAUCAUGCGACCACCAGAGGAAUUGGCCAAGUUGCAAGAGUCUCAAGAUACAGACAGUGACGAUGAGAACCAGGAUGGGCCAUCGCCAGCCGGCUCCAACCGCGACCGCGACCCGCACGGCGCCAACGCGGGCGCCAACGCGGGCGCCAACGCGGGCGCCAACGCGGACGAGGGUGGCCGGGGUGCCGACGGCCGGAGGGCAGCUGGGAACGGAGCUGGUGAGGCUGGGGAGGACGAUGCGACCCGCCGCGGCGGAGCCGGCGGAGCGCUCUCCGGUGACGCGGGGACUGAGGGCCGCGCCGGACGGGCCGCGGGCCUCGGGGACGCCGGUGAUGACAGGCACGGGGUCUGGGCCGGAGCCCACGGUGCCCACGGAGCCCACGGAGCCCACGGGGCCCACGGGGCCGGGCUGAGCCCUGGAGUGAGCGAUGCUGGCAAGGAUGGGCCUGACGAUGGCAGAUCCAGAUUUGGUGAUAUCGACUUGGACCUCCUCAGUGCCGGCAGCCAGAGCCACCUUUCCGACCCCAACGCUCCCCGCGACGGGGCCCGCGACGCGCGCGAUGGCCGCGACGCCCACGACAGCCGCGACGGCCGGGAUGGCGGCGAUGCCCAUGUGGGCCUGGGCGGCGUGGUCGGCAGCCGCGUGGCGCGCGGGGAGGGCAAGAGCGGCGGACCGCACGGAGGUGCGGAGGAUGCGUCGUUGCAGGGCGACCGCGCUGGGGCAAGCUCUGCGUUCCAUGAUCCACAGGCUGGUGCCAAUGAGAAGCGAGAUGUGGACUGGGAUAAAAACUUGGGCCAUGGCACAGAUGGACUUAGUGCAGCUGGUACGAAGCCGAAGCCUGCGGAUGAGUCAGGACUGGCCGACCACGCCACUGAUGGUCUCAGCGUUCCCAACCCCGACGCGGUCCCCGCAGUGUCCGACGCGGUCUCCGCUGGCGGCACCGCCGGACUCGGUAACGACCUGCUGAGCGUGGGACGCGAGAACGUGGUAGGACUUCUGGACGACGAGGAAGAUGAACUAGACUCAGAGGAGCCCCAAGGAAAAGCAGAUGAUUUCCAGUCCAUUGUGAAGCAGGUCUUUCGGCUGUAUGCCACGGGGUAUUCCAAAGGUCGCUAUGUCUUCAUUCGAAAUCCUGAUCUCUCGCGAUUCAUGGAGGAUUCGCGGCACAUGAUUCCAGGCUACCGGCGGAAGUUCCGACGCUUCAAACGGAUCUUCGAGUCUUUGUUCGAUGACACGAUCCAACUUCAGUGCGACAUGCCCGGGCAAGGUGUGCGAAUCACAGCGGGUUUGACUUUGGACUGGUUCCAGGUCUUCGUGCAGAAAGUGGUGCGCCGUGUGGGGAUGGAGGUGAUGAGCUUCUUCGCGGCGCUUUUAGAGUCGCAACUCUACUGAGGGCCGUUCUGAAGGGCGGCCACCCAUGGGUGGCCAAGGGCCGUGAGAGCAUGGGAAGAACAUGGAACCAUUGGAAUAGCAUGGCUGGUAGCGAUUGGAAUGGUU